AAGUAUUGCAGAACUCCGCAUAUAAGUGGAUCUGCCCAGUUCACGUGUCUGUUGUUCAGGGUCACCUGGACGUUUUAGUUCUGAGCAUGUUAGGGGAGUGCUCAGUAUCUGCUGGAUAGGUUAGGCAAAGGCAGAUUGAAUGGUGGUUUAAAAUUCUGGCGGGGACUUAGGACAGAUGCAGUAAGAGAUAAAGAGCUUUGGGGCUCAUCCACAAGCUGUGUGGGUUAGAAAGAAUACGGACUUUGGAGUCAGCCUGACCUGACCCUACCGCCCCACUAGUGUGUGGCCUUGAGCAAACCAGUUAACCUCUCCGAACCUGAAGUUCUUACCUGUAAGUGAAGUUAAAAAUAGUACUUCCCUCAUUGGGUGGUGUUGGUAAUUCAGUGACAUCAUGUAAUGUGUUGACCUAUAUAGUAAGUGUGAAAUGAAAAACAAAGGGUUUUGUUAUCCCCAUUUCGAAGCUGGGAUUUCGGGAUUCGGAGGGUGAAGUUACUUGGCCACCUCCACACAGCUAAUAGGUGGUGGACACAGCAGUGUGGAUUUGAAGUCUGUUCCUUGCCCGGAGCCAUCUCUUUGAACUUGUGCACAGUGUUCUGCGUUUCGUUGGAAUAAUUAAUUCCUUCUCAGCCCGUCGCUCUGAAGCUUCAUGAGAAAUCGGCUGUUGAAGUUCUUAGCUCAGUGCCUGGCACCUGCUCUGUGAUGUUAGCGUGUGUUUUCCCUUUACAGGCACGCCAGGCGGCUUCCAGGGGCUCGAAGAACCGAGCCGCAGUAGCUGUUCCUUGCGGGUUAUGGGAGAAACGCCUGCCGGUUCUUGGCAGGCUGUGCACCCGUUUGCCCCCAGCAGCACUUGGUGGAAUCCUUGUAGCUGUGGAUCUCUUCCUCUUCUAGGGUGAAGGCCAUGCCGCCCCCGGCGAAAGUUCCCCGGAAGGAGAACCUGGGACUCCAGUGUGAGUGGGGGUCCUGCUCCUUUGUGUGCUCAGCCAUGGAGGAGUUCUGCGAGCAUGUCACUCAGCACCUGCAGCAGCACCUGCACGGCUCCGGGGAGGAGGAAGAGGAGGAGGAGGACGCACUUGAGGAGGAAUUCUCCUGCUUGUGGCAGGAGUGUGGCUUUUGUUCUAUGGACAAUUCGGCUGACCUCAUUCGCCACGUUUACUUCCACUGCUACCACACCAAGCUGAAGCAGUGGGGGCUGCAGGCCCUGCAGAGCCAGGCCAACCUCAGCCCCUGCAUCCUGGACUUCCAGAGCCGCAACAUCAUCCCCGACAUCCCUGACCACUUCCUGUGUCUGUGGGAGCACUGUGAGAGUUCCUUCGACAAUCCCGAGUGGUUCUAUCGGCACGUGGAAGCGCACAGCCUAUGCUGUGAGUACCAGGCGGUCGGCAAGGACAACCAUGUGGUGCUGUGUGGCUGGAAAGGCUGUACCUGCACCUUCAAGGACUGCCGGAAACUUCGAGAGCACCUCCGAAGCCAUACCCAGGAGAAGGUGGUGGCCUGCCCCACCUGUGGGGGCAUGUUUGCCAACAACACCAAGUUCUUAGAUCACAUCCGUCGCCAGACCUCUUUGGAUCAGCAGCGCUUCCAGUGCUCUCACUGCUCCAAGAGAUUUGCCACGGAGCGGCUCUUGCGGGACCAUAUGCGUAACCACGUGAAUCACUAUAAGUGCCCUCUGUGUGAUAUGACCUGUCCGCUGCCAUCCUCCCUCCGAAACCACAUGCGCUUUCGCCACAGCGAGGACCGGCCCUUCAAGUGUGACUGUUGUGACUACAGCUGCAAGAAUCUGAUUGACCUACGGAAGCACCUGGAUACCCACAGCAAGGAGCCAGCCUACAGGUGUGAUUUUGAGAACUGCAGCUUCAGUGCGCGAUCCCUCUGCUCCAUCAAGUCCCAUUACCGAAAAGUGCAUGAAGGAGACUCAGAGCCAAGGUACAAGUGUCAUGUGUGUGACAAAUGCUUCACGAGGGGCAACAACCUCACUGUGCAUCUUCGUGAGAAGCACCAGUUCAAGUGGCCCUCAGGGCACCCCCGUUUUCGCACCGGGACGUUCCAUGUCCCCCUGCGCACGGUCGCUGCCCUGUGUGCUCCUGCUUCACCAGGUACAAGGAGCAUGAAGACGGCUACAUGCGGCUGCAGCUUGUUCGCUACGAGAGUGUGGAGCUGACACAGCAGCUGCUCCGGCAGCCGCAAGAGGGAUCGGGCCUGGGAGCGUCGCUGAAUGAGACCAGCCUGCAGGGCAU